AUGUCAGAAAACCAAAAAGAGGUAUCGCCUCCUCAUAUCAUAUCAGUCAAAUCCGAGGCAAACCCUAGUAUAUUUUCCAAACCUAUUUCCACAUCAUCACCUGCCGGGUUGGCAGCGGCUCAAAGAGUUACGCCCGGGAAACUGUCUACUUUAUUACUAGAAAAGGGACCGUUGGCCAUUAGACACAUUACACAGACCUUAUGUCUGGAUAUUCCGUGUUUUAAAGAUUUAUCAUCUUCCAAACAAAGACGACUUAUCAUGAGUGCUAUGGAAAGUGGUGAUAAAGAAAGGUCAGUGGUAUUCGAAAAAAUUGGGUGGGGUCAAUGGUCCGCGAAAAGAGUAGACCCUGCCAACUUUGAUAAGGAGUUGGAAGCAACCAAUUUCGCUAACGCGAAGGUGAAAGACUUGAUUUCCCAAGAGAGUCAAAGAAGGAAAAGUAACAAUUCAAACUCGAACUCAGGUGGCAAAGUUGAAAUGCCUGUUAAAAUUGAGCAUAGUAUCACGAAUAUCGAUGAGUCUACCACUCCACCCGCUGCCACUGCUUCCACCACUAUUCCUGUUAAUAUCAAACGCAGUAAAUCUCCCCUUGCAGCUGCAAACGUGGUAUAUAUAGACGAAAAUGCGCUUGCAUCAGAAGAUGAAGAUGAGGAGUUUGAUGAAGAUGAUCAUCAUUUACACUAUCAAAACAAGUCGAGGAACAGCAGUAAUAAUUUUGGAAAAGUUUCAAAUAGUGAUCCCUAUAGUUUUGGUAGGAGAAGGUCGCAAGUCGUGUUUGCUGAUUCAAAUCCCGAAAAUAUUGAACAUGAGAUAAUAGCACAAAAGAUUAGACCACUACUAAGGAAUAGACGCCGUUCGAGCAUAAAACCACAUACACCUUUCAUCUCCAAACUAAACACACAUCAAGAUUCAUCCUAUCUCUCCCCCAAUCCAACUUCAACGACGACCCCGUCAAAUAACAACAGCAACUCAAACCAAGGAAAAAUAGAUUUAGAGAAACUUACUGCAACAAGUGAGCCAACUUCAAGAAGAGCAUCUCGUUUGUCUGUAUCGAAAGAAUCAAGUAUUAGAUCAACACUUUUUCCGAACAAAAAUUACUUGAUCGUCACUACAAACCCUAACUCCAAAGCUACGUCUGUUUCUACUUCGCCUAAGCUAGAGGAUCAGAUGAAUGUGAGUUCAAACCAUAUAUUAUUAUCGGAUAAGGAAAAGCAGAGAGCAGCCUCAAGACGUUUAAACGAAGAAUCAUCUCCACAAAUUGUUCCCCAUUCUCAUCAUCAACCUCACUCAGAUACAGAUGAAGAAGACUGGGAAUCAAUUGGUGCGGCCUCUUUGAGAAAUAACAGUUUAGUACCCAAUAUAGACAGUGUAGCAAGUUCUACUAAUGGCGUAGUUAGUCCCAAACCCACCGAUUCAAAGUUUACCAACUCUCAAAAUGGAGAUAUUGAGUCCCCCACACAACACGACCAGCAAAAACAUGACCAGCAGCCAAAAAAUGGUGAGGAUAAUAGCGCUGCCUUCUUAUUGAUGAGUUUAAAAUCUUAA